CGAAUGUCUCGAGAACAAAUUGGUCUUCAGUAUCAUCCAUCACUACUUCAGUAAAUGUUUCAAGGCAUUGACCUUCGGUUGUGUUGGUGAGCAAUUUACUGAUUACCGACAUGUCUCCGCGGUUUACCUGACCACUCUGAAUCCUUGAGCUGUUCUCGAUUUCGUUGAACGGUCAGAAUGGCGUCUGCCAACCAUAUAGACCACAACUCUAUACCCUCCGAUGCUGGUCAAACAGGCCACUGGCUACCAGCCUUGCGUCCAGAAGUCCUCGACGAAUCGCAUGACUUCCACGAUGGCAUCGAACCCCCGAAUGCCGUCGAGAAUCUGCCGACAGGUUUUAUGAAUGAGGAAUCGCAUAUUAUACCUCCGACCACGGGCUUUGUGGAGAGUAAAGCAGGGAAAGGCGUUGAACAGGGCUACAGUGAGGCGUCACAAGGACUGACCAACCACCCCUUUGCGCCAGAGCCGAUUGCGAACGGAGCAAUAGAAAAGGAGUCUGGCACCAACUUUGCAGGAGAUGAACUUCCCUCAGACGAUGACGAUGAGCGGUUAGAUCCCGCUUGGGGCAUAAAACGUCAAGAUUCUGCUCGCAUCCUAGAAGGAGUUCACCGUUCAACAACGUUCCCGGAAUUUUCGGCGUCCGAUACCCCUGGGUCCAGUCACGAGAAUGGUCUCGUGCAGAGAACGCCUGAACCCCAGGAGCCGACAGCUGAGGUGGAACAUGUCAGAAGGCAGGAGCAGGAGAAGGUUCCAACAGAGCCACAGAAUUUUGGAUGGAUGGAUGACGAGCGCGAUGGAACGCGGGAUGCUCAUUCUUGGACCGUAUCGGAGCAGUCGCCCUUAAUUGAUGAGGCCACUCAGCGGUUUGACGAAGGCGUACCGCUGAUACAAGCUGAAAAACCACGCACGAUCGGCGAGAACGAGGCAGAACAGCAAUCAGCAGCGAAUCCUUUCAGCACAGCACAAGAUGAUGAAGAAACCUCUUUCUUCUCCCAUGUCAAUGGCACCACCGAUUCGGGUGCUGGUGUUCCGUCACUUGACCGAAAGUCUACGAGUCAAGUACUAGACUCAAUGGAGUUCUCAGCAAGGGAAGUACCGGAGUCUCCAGCAGCUCCUGAUGCGCAUGAGGCCGAUGAGUCUUCAUUUUUCCACCAAUUGGCUAGUGAAGGCGGUGACAGGAACGUUCCUACAAAUGAAGCUCCGGAAGCUGCUCAAACACAAGAUCCUGAUACUGCUGCUUGGGCUGCUGUACUUGACGAUGAUGAGUUCCUGGUCGAGGAUGCCGACGAUCUCCUCCCAGACUCCGAACCUGGUUCUCCCUCAUCCUUCGAAGCUGCAUUACAGCAGGGAUCAUUAGCUUCACCAGAGGACAAGCCCAUUGUACCAGGCUCUCAGGUGGGAAGCAGCGCGCCUGUGGGCCUUCCUAGCCAGCCGCAGAGACAGAUGUCUGCCAACCCGUAUGCACCUCAUCAACCAUCCACUUCUGAUAUGCUGCAAUUGUCUCCAACAGCACGUACCACACAUAACAACAUCGGUAUCUCUCGACCUGAGCUCGCGCCGAUGAGUUCUUUCCUAUCGCAGAUGCAGCAGAGACCGGCUGCGCAGUCGAUGAAGAGCUUCGUUGAUCAGGCUAAAGACGGUUACAAAUCUCCUUAUGAUCUACCCAUGGAGAUCAGCAAAUCAAGGAAGAGAGCUCAUGCCCCUCAACCAGUCCAAGUAUCGAAACCUGUUGCACCACCACCGCGAAGUAGCAGCUUGUCCGACAAACCACUGCAAUCCCCUUUCAGCCCAACUGUGCCAUUGGCGACAGGUGACAUACCUCCUCCGGCUGCCGCCUCGACAAUGCAGAACCGGAGCGCCUCAGUAGUAACGCCUUCCUCAAAGUCAGACAGACCACAGUCGGGCUCUUCAAGCUUUUUUGAAGAAUUGCCUAUUGUGACUAAGCCCCGACCGGGUAGUGGACAUGGCCGAUAUACACCACAGCAGAAUAUUGUUGCUUCUCCGCCACAACUACUCCCUCAGAGUCCGCCUCGUGCGCCGUUGGCACCUCCACAAGCGCAGCCAUCACCACCACGACCAUCCGAUCCGUACGCUCAGUAUCAAUUGCAGGCCCCAGUACGCUUGGACCCGUACGCCAACGCGCCUCUUCAACCACCAGCUCCAUUAGCUGGAUCGACCAGCAGGUAUUCUCCGGCCCCUCCGACGACAUCUACGGCCUCGCGCGUGGGUCCGUCUCCUCGAUACUCUCCUGUACCUCCUCCAGUCGCCCCAUCCACAACCUCUACCAACAGGUAUGUCUCUCAGCCAACACCACCUCCAGUUGCAGCGCAAGCUGCACCACCCAUGUCGCAGAGAUAUGCGUCGCAACCAACUCCCCACGCGGCGCCACCUCCUCCUGUUCUACCUUUUCAGCCUCGGACAUCGAGCCCUCUUGCGUACCAUAAGAGUUCCAUCGAGGGGAGUGCCGAUGUUGUGCCACCCGCGCAAGGUGUGAGAGCAGGUGGACUUUAUCGCCAAGUUUCCGCUGCUGGCGCUAUUCCAUCACAAUCUGUGGCUACCCCUGAAAUUCCUGGUUCCACUGAAGGCAACUUCUAUCCUUCUCCUGCUAACCCUCCUACGUCCGAGCGGAUGGCACCUCCACGCCGAUCACAGACUCAGUCACCUUCUAAACAGCGACCUCAAGCAACUUUUCCUCCUUACGUUCACGAGGCGCCAAAUCGACCCGCCUCAGCAUUCGGCCAGCCAACAGUACCUAGAGCUGCGUUGGAGAGCAUGCCGCCAUCCAGACCCAAUGUCCGCGCUAGAGGAUUCGCACCCGAUUUGGAAUUUGUGCGUCCAAUCGACGAAGCUCAAUUCGACCCGCUAGAGCGCUGGAAAGGUGCACCCGUCUUUAGGUUCGGCUUUGGCGGUUGUGUGGUCAGCACCUUCCCAAAGCAUGUCCCAAGGUAUGCUGUCGGUGCAGCAAGGCCUCAGAUUAAAGCCACUCCUGGCGAGGUCUCGAUGCGAAGUGUGAAGGACAUUCUUCCACAAUCAGAGAACAUCAACACCUUUCCGGGGCCGUUGCGUGCCAAAGCUAAGAAGAAAGAUCUAUUAGCCUGGAUGUCGGACUAUAUAACAGCACUUGAGGCAAAUCCGCCGGACGCUACAUUCCCUCCAGCUCUGCCCAACAACAACAUACGCCACCACGAGAAGCUAUUGCUUUGGAGAAUUGUCAAGACCCUGGUCGAACAUGAUGGUGUCCUUGAUGGCCCAGCUUUGAAGACUGUCAACCUCAUUCUGGCUCCCGAAGUCCACGCGCUUGACGAGAAUGAAGCCACUCAGUAUCGCGCAGAUGACGCAGCCUCUGGGAUUUAUCGUCCAUCUGGUACCAACGCACCCCCCGACUCUGUGGAUCCAAUGGCUGUUGAAGUUCUACGAAAGCGUUUGCUCAGCGGUGACCGACAAGCUGCGGUGUUUCAUGCCAUGGACAGUCGACUCUGGUCGCAUGCCUUGAUCAUUUCCUCGACAAUGGAGCGCUCAUAUUGGAGCCAAGUUGUGCGAGAAUUUGUCCGCCAGGAAGUCAAGACCGUGGGGGAGAACGCGGAGUCACUAUCAGCUUUAUAUGAAGUGUUUGGCGGAAACUUGGAGGAAAGUAUCGACGAGCUCGUCCCUCCUUCAGCUCGUGCAGGAUUACAGAUGGUGAGCAAAGUUGACAGCGCCGGCCCUACUAAGAACGCUCUUGAUGGCUUAAACCGCUGGAGAGAAACGCUGAGUCUCAUUCUAAACAACCGUUGCCAAGGGGAUCACCAAGCUCUGGCAGUACUGGGCAAGCUUCUGGAAGACUAUAAACGGAUCGAAGCCGCUCACAUAUGCUACCUUUUCUCCAGAAAUCCUGCAAAAUCAGUAAUCUUUGGUGGUAGCGACGAGGAACAAACACCUGUCGUCUUACUCGGAGCCAACCAUAAAACAUGUCCAUUCGAUUUUGGCCGGGAUCAGGAAGCUAUUGUGCUCACCGAGAUCUAUGAGUUUGCUACAAGCGUUUUGGCCACAGGGGCUUUAAGCGCCUUCAUGCCUCAUCUGUCUGUUUACAAGCUGCAGCGCGCGAAGGUGUUGGCCGAUGGAGGGCAGAAAUUGGAAGCACAAGCAUAUUGUGACGCUAUUGCAGCGACCCUAAAGUCGAACACAAAGAUGUCACUCUACCAUCAUUCGUUGCUCUUUGCCGAGCUGGACGACCUGUCAAACCGCCUGAAACAGACUCCGAUGCAAGGCUCUUCUUCAUGGCUCGGUAAGCCAAGUCUCGAGAAAGUGUCUGGUUCGAUGUGGAACAAAUUUAGCAGCUUUGUGGCAGGCGAAGACAGCGAUGCCGAGUCGAAGGGCUCAGGCAAGGACGCCGACACCGGGCCUUUCGCCAAUGUUACAAGCACGCCGUCCAUCAGCCGAACCGGGUCACAAUCAGAUCUAUACGGAGGGUCUACACAAGGCUUGCCUGCGACAGGAGCAAGCUCAAGAUACGCCCCCAAUGGCAUCCACUCCGCCCGAUCCUCGUCAGAGCUUACGAGGGCACGGCCAUCGCUUGAUUCUCAAAGAUCGCCGCCCUCUACUUCUUACUCUCACAACAAUCGUCAACCUGAGUCGACGAAUAUGCUUCAGCAGGCUCAGGCAGUGCCCUACAUAAAUCCAUAUCAAGCUCUUGCCGCCGCCUCACCUCCAACUUCCUAUCCUCAGAGUCCUCCCAGAUCUUCAUACGUGCCGAACAGCACUUUCAACUCAAUUCCGGAGGAUGCACCCCAAAUGAACCAUCAGUCAUAUAUUCCGACUCCCCCGGCUGAAGAAGCAAGCCAUCAAUCCCUCGCUUACAACCCUGGAAUGAUGCCGACCCAGUAUCAUGAAGAUCACGGCCCUUAUGGCGGUUAUGGCCUGGCUCAACACGAGCCAGCUCCGCUCCCUCCCCCGCAUGACGAAAAUACCGAUACUGGUUACGACAGACCUUCUACACAAUCCUAUGGCUACGAACCGCCGACCGAGUCCGGCUAUAUCCCUUACGUUCCCGACCCCGGCUCGCCUGAGGAAGAACGGCCCAAGAAGAAAUCGUUCAUGGACGAUGACGACGACGACUUUCCUCGAAUAUCAAGUCAACCACAAGCUUCAGGACCCAAGGUCUCUGGCGAUGACGAUGAAGCUGCACGUAAGCGUGCAAACGAUGCGGCCGCCGAUGCGGCUUUCCGUGCGGCAGCAGAGGCUGACGCGGCGCGUGAGAAAGAGAAGGCGCAAUCCAAGAGAUCUUCGUCAUGGUUUGGCGGUUGGCUUGGAGGCAAGAAGCCUGCUGAAGGACUCGAUGCUGGCAAAGGAGGAGGUGCGGAGCCCAAAAUCUACAAGGCGAAACUGGGUGAAUCGAAAAUGAAGCUGUAUUACGACAAAGACUUGGGCAAAUGGGUGAAUCCUGACAAUCCCGACGCGGCGAAAAAGACGGCGACACCACCCCCUCCACGAAUGGGCGGCACUCCGGCACCACCAAGUAGCUCAGGAGGACCACCUAUGGCCCCAGGCCUCGGGCAUACCUCGAGUCCAAGCUUGCCGAAUAUGAGCAUGGGUCCGCCGUCAGGGCCUGUCAGCAGAUCAGGAACGCCAGGAAGUGGACCAGGAGCGCCGCCAGCAUUUCCUGGUAUGUCUGGUCCUCCAAGUGGUACGGGCACCCCACCGCCAGGACCGAGCUCGACUCCUGGCCUUGCUCCUCCUCGACCAGGUACCGCAGCAAGCAAUGCUAGCAGCAUUGAUGACCUUAUUGGCCCAGCCACAGCCAGAAAACACGGUGCCAAAGGGGCCAAGAAGGGCAAAGGACGUUACGUGGAUGUCAUGGCUAAAUAGCCACGGAGGACAGAGGUUACGUCUUGAAUAUGGCGACUAUAUGUUGACUGAAUGUAUAAUAAUCAAGCGGGGGAUGUGUUCAUGUCAACCACCACUUCGAAAUGCAGAGGAGCUACCUGCCUUGCAUCGCGGGCGAUUUAACGGGAAGCUCUUGCUUAUAGUGGGAUAGCAUAAUGCAUUGUAAUAUUCUGAC